AUGGAGAAAAAGCAGACAUGCCGUUGGGCAGCACUUUCCUUAUCCAGCAUUGCCUCAGUCUUCCUGCCAGAUCUACUCGGUCGUGAAGAGGCACAAUAUGAACACAAGCUCGUCGCAAUCAGCACGACGGGCUCAAAUGAACGCGCCCAAAAAUGGUUCAAGACCAACAAGAUCCCAGAUCCUGAGUCCAUAGUCGUGUACAACUCCUGGCAGACAAUGCUUGAGCAAGGCGAUUUCGACGUCGUGUACAUCUCAACACCGCACCCGUUGCAUUAUGAAGAGAUGUUAAAAGCCCUUGAAUGCAAAAGAAACAUCCUGGUGGAGAAGCCAGCAACCAUGAAUGCUGCGCAAUACCGAAAGUGCGUCGAACUGGCGAACCAGCAAGGUGUUGUGGUCAUGGAAGCGAUGUGGACACGCUAUCUGCCUGCAACGAGGUACCUGAAAGAACAGCUCUUACCGAAGAUUGGCAGAGUGAGGAGGGUGUAUUCUGAUUUCUCUUUCCCCAUCGUCGGGCCGGACCUUCAAGAGACAUCUCGAUUUCUGGACAAAGCAGCUGGUGCGGGUGCUCUACUAGACCAGGGCGUCUAUGCUCUGACUUGGGCGGAUCUUGCACUAAACGGAGUCGAGGUUGGCGAAACCAGCGUGCUGCACUCCAGUUCUUGGAGCGUUCCUGAGAGGCCCGGCGGGGUUGACGACAUCAACACCGUCGUCCUGGCGAACAAAGGCGCCACCGCUAUCGUCACGACCAGCAUGACUAUUCCUGGAUCAAGCAAGCCUCCAUUUUACGUUCGCCUCGGUGCUCAGAAAGCAUCUCCUUCUGUCAGGAUUGAAGCCACAGAGGCAUCUGUGGCUAUUCCCUUCCCACCUAUUCGCCCCGAAGAGUUGCAUGUGCAAUGGUACGGAUCUGCUCAUCUGAAUGAGGAUGGCACGGAAAAGAACGAGGUAAUUAGGAAACCUGUCAGUGGUUGGGGAAUCUGGUAUCAGGCAGAUGUCAUUGCUGCAGCAGUAUUCAACAAGCAGUCGGGCGUGAUAGCGGCCGAGGAGAGUUUGAGGGUACUGGGAUGGAUGGAUGAGGCCAGACGACUGGCAGGUAUAACAUAUAACGAGAAGCUGGAGCAAGUGUAG